CGAGACAAGCGGCAGUCCAACACGCUCCGUUUUGAUGUAAUUGCUAAGCACGAUGAACCACGCUAUCGUCCCUCAGGCCAUAUAUACUUCCUUCCAGCCGGACUGACCGGCAUCCUUUGUCAAAGAUUGCCGCUGUGUCGAAUUCUUUAAGCCAUGGAUCAUCCUGAAAAGGUGCAAGUGCCGGUGCUUAAAGACCUGACAAUCGAGAACAUAACAGAGAACGUGCUCCGAAUCAAUUCCCAGGGUGAUGAUGUCAGACUGAACUACUUGCUGGAACGGCUUGUCGUCCACCUCCAUGACUUUGCCCGAGAGACGCGCUUAAGUACCGAAGAAUGGAUGGCGGCAAUCAACUUUCUUACCGCUGUGGGUCAGAUAUGCACAGAUGUCAGGCAGGAAUUCAUCCUGCUAUCCGACAUCUUAGGCCUUUCUCUCCUAGUUGACAGCAUAAAUCACCCGAAGCCCAAAAAUGGUACGGAAGGGACAGUCCUUGGGCCAUUUCACACCCACGACGCGGAGACCGUGCCCCACGGGGAAGUGAUAUCCCACGACCCGCAAGGCGAGCCGUGCCUGGUAUUGUGCACAGUCAAAGAUACAGAGGGGAGACCGAUCGAAGGGGUCAAGAUCGAUGUCUGGGAGACGGACUCGACCGGUCGAUAUGAUGUACAAUACGCCGAUCGAAAGCAGCCGGACGGAAGAGCGAUUAUUGAAAGCGACAAAGACGGAGUGUUUUGGUUCAAGGCGAUCGUGCCUGUUCCAUAUCCAAUACCGCACGACGGACCUGUCGGCAAGCUUUUGAACAGACUCAAGAGACACCCAUACCGGCCGUCUCACAUGCACUUUAUGUUUGAUAAAAAGGGCUACGACCAUCUCAUCACAUCAUUGUAUCUCCGCGGCGACCCAUACGAGACGUCGGACGCCGUCUUCGGCGUCAAGGAGUCCCUGUUAGUCGAUCUAAAAACGGUCGACGCAAGCGCUGCCAGCAAGUACGGCGUCAAGGAAGGCACAAAACUUCUAACAUACGAUUUUGUGCUCGUGUCCGAAAGCGAGGCAAAAGCGCUCCGCGAAGAUGAAGCGCGAAAGGCCAUGGAAGCUCUAGGACUGAGGAUGAAAUUGCUCGAGGGCUUGCCCGUUCCAGACGUAGAUUAGCCAUCUUGGGCGGUGAUGUUUGGUAGAAAGGCAAACUAAUACUUAUGUCACCCUCCUUACUUGUUCGUCAAGAUAUGGGUGAAGCACUGAUCGACUUUACCCCUUUCAAUGUAAU